ACUUGGCUCUGGAAGACGAUCAGGCGUUUUAGUUGGAGCGCAACAAACUUCGUGACGAAGCAACUUCCUUUACAUGGCCGGUUCCUCCUUCGCUGUCGUACUUGCUGUGUGAAUAUCGUUUGUCUUUUCGUAUUUUUCGUUUUUCUCUCGACACAAGCGCCGGCAGCGAGCUAUAAAGCUGGGUCUGGCUGGAAGGUCCAAAAAUUAGUGGAGCAAUUGUGAAUCCUGGAUUCAUAUACCAUUACAAAGCGAGAUGUUAGUUCAGAGUUCUCGAAAGAGGACACGAGAAGAAUAUUUGGAUGAUGAAAAUGGAAGAUAUAAGUUUCUCAUUUUGUUGCCAACUGGUGUACAUGUGGAUUUGAUUCUGCAUGACCAACAAGGGGAAAUGCUUUUGUCUAAGUUCAUUCAUGCAGUGAGGAAAGAGAUUGACAAGAUGGGAAUGAUGCCUCAAUCUAAACUAACUGUUAGUUGGAAAAGUAGUAUAUACUUCAAAGAUGUGCGUGGCAACAAAAUCUGUGAUAAGUUAAGAUUUAAGGAAUUUUCUAGAACAAAGCCAAAUGUGCUUCUGCUACAUGAUGGAUCAGAUGCAGUUUAUCGUUGCCAGAAUAUGUGGGAUCUGACCCCUGAUACAGAUUUGUUAUCAGAACUGCCGGCAGAAUAUACUUUUGAAUCUGCUCUUGCUGAUUUGAUAGACAACUCAUUGCAAGCUAUAUGGUUCAAUGCCCCAGAGGAGAGAAAACUAAUUAGGAUUACCAUUGAUGAUGAUAAGAUUUUAAUUCUGGAUAGUGGUCAAGGAAUGGAUGGAAGUGAUGCCAAUUCCCUUUUAAAAUGGGGUAAAAUGGGUUCUUCAAAUCAUAGACAGUUCAAAGAUAGAGGUAUAGGUGGGAAUCCUCCAUACUUGCUGCCUUAUUUUGGAAUGUAUGGGUAUGGUGGAUUUGUGGCUUCAAUGCAUUUGGGAAGUUCGGCAACGGUUGCUUCAAAGACAAAGCUGUCUGGGAUGGUCUUCACUCUGUUUCUUUCACGUGAUGCAUUACUUAAAAGUGCAGGUUCAGAAUCAACCUGGAAGACUGGUGGCCAGAUAAGAUAUCCAUCAGAGCAGGAGUUGAACGACUCUCCUCAUGGUAGUUUCACAAAGGUUGAAAUUUCUCAACCAAGAAACAGGUCUCUAAAUGAGUAUCAACUUCAAUGCUUAUUGAAGGACAUCUAUUUUCCUUAUAUUCAGUGUGAUGAUACACUCACAACAAUGGGGACAGCAGCACCUAUAGAGUUUGAGGUCAAUGGUGUCAAUUUGACGGAAGUAGAUGGAGGGGAACUGGCUAUAACAAAUUUGAACUCGUGUAAUGGUCCUGAUUUCGUUCUGCUAUUGCACUUUGUUGCACAGGCUGCUGAUAAUUCUGGUGGAAAACGUUUUGCCAAUGCUCGGAUCAAAUGUGUAUAUUUUCCCAUCUUAGAGGGAAAAGAAAGUAUAGAAAGGAUUUUGGAGGAGCUUGAUGAGAAGGGAUGUGGCAUAAAAGAAAAUUUUGACAACUUCAGUCGGGUAUCGAUACGAAGGCUAGGACGCUUACUUCCAGAUGCUCGAUGGGGGCGCCUUCCAUUUAUGGAGCCUAAGCUGAGGCGAGGUGAUAAAGUUCAACUUCUACGACGUUGUUGCAUGAGAGUGAAAUGCUUUGUUGAAACUGAUGCAGGGUUCUCUCCUACAACUCACAAGAAUGACUUGGCCCACAAAGAUCCUUUUACAGUUGCAUUGAAGAACUUUGGAUUGAAACCUUCUCCUAAUGAAUCAUUGCCAACGAUCGAGAUACAAAGAGAGGGCAGGUCCUUGUCUCUCUCUCAAAUAGAGAAAGAAUAUCAAGAUUGGGUGCUUCAGUUGCAUGAGGCAUAUGAUGAGGAAGUCGACACUGGUGAAGAUACACCUGUAUUUGUUAUAAGUCCAAACAACAAGAAAAAUUUUGGUAUUUCUUCUGAUGUUAUUAGAGUGCACCAAGUGAUUAGGCGGAAGGGGAUUUCUUGGAGAUCUGGUCAACAUGUUAAAAUAUUGAAAGGUGCUGACAGCCGACUGAGGAAGGAUUUGUAUGCAACACUUGAAUAUAUCUUGUUGGGAGGAUUUCGGGGUGAAUUUGGUGAAGAAGCAAGCCUUAUUUGCAGGCCACUAGAUUGUCCAGAAGAGAAUGGGUGCCUCCUUGAGAUGAAUGAUGGGAACUCUACUUUGGACAUCCGUGGAUCUAAAUGGUUCCCUGUUGGACUGAUUGAUUCUGGGAAGUUCCAGCUUCUGGAUAGCACUAAGUGGCAAUAUCAACUUGAGAAGAAAAGACAAAAUGCUCCUGCUAGGAUUGACAUACUCGACUCUGAACAGUGUCAACUGCUAGGAAUUGAUGGUGCUUUGCCUAUGAAGGACGUUCAUGUUUUGGCUGGGUAUAUUCCUCCAAGGGAAAUGGUUGCAGUUCUAAGGCCCCUAAGUUUUAUGGUUUCUAGCUCAUCUAGUGAACUGGAUCAGAAGUUUAUUGUUAAAAGUGAUUUAGCAAUGAAAAUGGAAAUUACUUUCUUUGAUGAAUUUAAAAUGCAAAAAUAUGAGGGCAAAAUACAAAAAGAAAGUAAACUCCUACUUAGCAAAUCUUCAGAACCAUCUUCACGAAGUGGUUUUGAUGGCUUAUAUAUUUUUUCUCUGGAUGGAUCUGAUAUAGCAGAAGGCUUGCGUAAUUCUGGUAUCUAUAAGUUUUCCUUUUUUGUGACUUCUCAGACUUGUGGAAAUCUGUCCUUUUGCAAGCAACGAGAGGUAAAUGUUUUUGUAGAGCCUGCUGGUGAGGUUGGAAAAUUGGAGCUCUUGAAUCAUUCAAGGCUGAUUAGCAAAGUCGAGCCACUGUGUUUAAGGGUUGGGACGUGCAUUCAACAUCUUUCAGUUGCAUGUUUUGAUGUAUAUUCUAAUAGGAUGCCUUUUCUAAGUAUUCCAGAAUUAUACAUCAAGCUAGGGGUUAAAGGAUCAACACUAACUAAGAAGGAGAAGCUGAAAUUAAGCCUUUCAUCUGAUAAGAUGAUCUUAGAGAUUAAAGAUUUGCUGGUUAAGUGCCAUAGUCUGGAUUUGAUUAGACCCUCUUAUGAAGCAAUUCUGGAAAUAUGCUCUCAUUAUAAGUCUGUGUGUGUUCCAUGCCAAGUUAUUCCUGGUGUUCUAUGCCAUGUCAAUUUGCUACCUAAUCUGCAACUCGAGUCGUCCUUGCGCCCAGGCGAUGUGAUACAUGAACUCAAAUUUGAGAUGCUAGAUGCAUAUGGUAAUCAUGUUGAGAAGGGAACAGAAACUUGCUUUGAGUUGCAAGGAUUGACUCUUCAAGACACUAUUGGUUUGAAACGUAAGGUUGACGAGCAUGGAUAUGUCAAUCUUAGUGGUCUUGUAAAAGUGACUGGGGGCUAUGGCACUUGGGUGCAUCUCUCAGUAUUUUCUGGGGAAACAUUGCUGUUCAACAGAAAGAUCUCAAUUCUGGAGAGGGAAUUAAAGCUUGUUUCUGUGAUACCUGCACAUUGUAAGCUUGGAUCCCAGCUGGAGAAUGUUGUCUUUGGGGUAGUUGAUACUGUUGGUUCUAUCGAUGAAGAAAUACAUGGGCAACUUCAUACUCUCACCAUAACUUCAGGAUUGUCAAAUUCCUGUGACAUAAUUCAUUACAGUUUUGACCAUGGAAAGUGUAAAGUGCCUGCUAUUCAACUGCCUACACAGCCUGGGAACUUCAGUUUUCGAGCUUUUCAUUCUAGGCAUCCAGAGCUCAGCAAAACCAUUGAGGUUAACAUCCUUAUGGCACCCAAACUGGAAACAGUGAGUGUCUCAGAACUCGUAGAGAUGCACCAGUGUCAGUAUGAUCACAAGAUUGUGCCCUUUCAGAAUUCUAAAGAUAUAUCUACUUUCCUCCUGUACAUUGAAAAUGAUGAGAAGAAAUUAAAACAAAACCUUGAGGAAUUAGGAAAACAGGUUAAAAUUCAUGAAGAUAGGCUGAAACUUCUUGAGGUUCAGAUAAGCGAACUUGAACAAGAAGUGCAAGUCUUACAAGCUUCAAGCGGAAGUCAUGGUUAUGAUUUAAGUGAUUACAUCAAGUACACUAAGGAACAUGUCAUUAAACAAAUUGAAGGGAAGAGUGAUGCUGCGUCUUGUAUUCUGCAUAAGUUUUUGGAUUCUUCAGAAUCCCCGAAUGAUGUUAUGAAUAAUGUUGUUGGUAUUGUUUCUCUUCUUGGAACUGUUGAUGAUAAGAGAUUAAGUCGGAUGUUGUCGGAGUAUUUGGGAGAAAAGUACUUGAGGGCAAUCGUUUGCAAAUCAUAUGCAGCUGGAAGAGCGUUAGAGAGGUAUUAUUUAACAGAAAACAUGGACUGGACCCUUGCCCUUAAUAGAGAGGCAGCUUCUUGCAGUGGGACAAUAGACAAGCGCUUCUUUGUAAUAUGUCUUGAAGAUAUAAGCCCCUAUUCUGGCAUCAUUGUGGGCAGUAAAAGAAAUCUGAGUUUUCCAAACCCAAAGCUGCCAACUGGUGAAAUCCCAUCCGGUUUCUUGGGUUUUGCAGUUAACAUGAUCAACAUUGACACCAAUCACUUGUCUUCAGUAACUUCUUCUGGUCUCGGUCUUCGUGAAACUUUAUUCUAUACACUUUUUGGUGAACUUCAGGUUUAUAAAACAAGAGUUGAAAUGGAAAAGGCUGUUUCAAUUCUAAAGGCUGAUGCAAUCUCCCUUGAUGGUGGCGUUGUGAGCAGGAAGGGCAUCCUUCCUCUUGGGCAUUGGGAGCCGGACAUACUUUUUCCUGUUGUGCCUUCCGAGAUUGAGGCUGUCCACAUGCAACUUGUGGAAUGUGGGGUAAGAAUAAUGGAGGCUGAAGCCCACUUAAAGUGGAUCAAUGAAGAAUAUCUCAAGGAAGAUGAGGUACACAAAACUUUGCUGCAGAAAUUCAGAAAGAAGAAGGACAAGCUGCAGGCAUUUUAUGAGGGAAACGGUGUCUUCCUUGAUUCGUUUCCUUUGGGCCUUCCAUUCAAAUAAAUGAUCGCAUUAGGAAGCUGCCUGCCUAGUUUUUUUGUAUUUAUGUAUAUUUUGUUCAUAUAAUAACAGUUCUGUCGUUUUAUUGGCUUUUAGAAUGUUACGGAGGUUUUUGGUUGCACUCAAACUGGUCAUCAUGCUGUAAAUAAUGCAAUUUUUGGCUUCUAUAAAUGAAAAUAACUAA